CUGCUCUUAUCAUAAACAAAUCUGCCUGAAGAAUCCCAUGUGACAAAUUAUUUCUUUCUUUAAUUAUAUUUAUACUGUACAAAAAUAAACAAAACAAAUUAUCAAAAAGUUUCAGUUAUCUCUGUCAUUGGAAAUUUAAAAAAAAAUGCCUAGAGGAAAGGCCAGAGCAGGACAUUCGAAGAGUGAAGGCAAAUCAAGCAAAAAAGGGACCUCUCGGAGGACUGACCGUAAAGCUGCUGACGAGGAGGAAGGCGAGUCGGACAUUGUCUACCGAUUAGCAGAAGUUGACAUUGAAAAUGGCAGUAAUGAGUCGUCAGAGGAAGCAGAAAAAUCUGUUGAAAUAAAUUACCCCGUCGCAAUGUGGGACUUGGAGCAGUGUGAUCCGAGGAAAUGCUCUGGCCGGAAGUUAGCCAGACACGGUAUAAUGAAGACACUCAAGUUAGGGCAAAGGUUUCCUGGUCUAGUCUUGACACCAGCAGGUGAAAAGUGUGUAUCUGCCGAGGACAGAGAGGUCCUCUUGGACAAAGGCAUUGCUGUGGUCGACUGCUCAUGGGCGAGGCUUGAUGAAGUGCCAUUGUCGAGGAUGCGCACUCCGUAUCCACGACUUUUGCCAUAUUUAGUUGCUGCCAAUCCAAUCAAUUAUGGUCGACCCUGUCAGCUUUCAUGUGUUGAAGCAUUAGCUGCUGCUUUUUACAUUUUAGGUGAAAAAGAUACUGCUAAUUUUUAUUUGAGUAAAUUCUCAUGGGGCCACAGCUUCAUCAAGUUAAACCAAGAACUGCUCGAUAUUUAUGCAGCAUGCAAAGACGGAGCAGAAAUAAUCAAGGCCCAACAAGAGUACCUCGACAAAGAAGAGAUUGAGAGGCAAAGGCGAAGAGAAAUGCCUGAUUUUCCACCAUCUGAAAGUGAAUCUGAAGACUCGUUAUAAAAUUAAAUCUGUUACUUUCUAAAAUUAAACAAACUUUUGAAUAAG